CCAACUCCAUAAGAAUCGUGCUUCGAAUGCAUAGAAAGGACUAUUUGGUUACAACGACAAGUUUGGUUAGGUCAGUGCGCAAUCGAAUUACCGCUUAUUACCACGUGUAUUUUUUAUUACCAAUUCGACUCAUUGGACUGACUAUAGAUGAAACAAAUAUGGCGUCCGAGUAAAAUCAUACAAUAUGCAUAAAUUUCUCGGUACAAAUAUCAAAUUUGCAAUGGUCAUAUUAAAGUGUAAUUAUAAUUUUGUCUUUGUUACGAAUAUAUAUUGCCGAUUAUUAAUUCAUCCGAUAGCAUUCAUUGAGAAUAGGUAUAUUAAGGUUCGUCCUUGACGGCGAAACGAAAAGAACUGAUCAGCAGGUCCGCAACUUGAGUUCUUUAGCGAACAGCGAAGCUAGGGGAAACAAAGUAUUUACAAUGUAAUAUAUACCCAUUCGCCAGAAAGUCUAGCGCAAAUCAACAUCAUUAAAACGACUGUGGGCAGGCGAGUACCAUAAUUAUCCUUUCAAGGUCUCAAAGUCAAGGAAAAGUGACGAAACAAACUAUGAACAACCUCCAGCAAGUUAAAAGACAGAAUAGAGAACCCUACUCCAUAAGAGUGAAAAGAAGAUCUAUGUUACUAAAAGAUUCAAACAAAAUAGUAACCAUACAAGUCCAAAGUCCAGAAACUGUUUAGAGCGCGCAUUAAGGCACACAACAGCCUCAGGUACCACAUAAAAGCCACACGGUGAAAAAUAAAAAAAAUUUUUUUAAUGUUAAAAGAAAGAGAUUUUGAAUUGUCAGAUGGCAGUAGAAGCGCAUUAAAUAUAGGGAGGAGUUAAAAAGCCGAGUGUUUCUAAGGUGCUGCAUUCUGAUUGGUGCGCUGCUGUUGGUCCAGCUCCUAAUAAAUAUGAUGAACCGGCCUGUGCAGUUCAUUCACAGUAAUACUUCGAGCGAGGAAGGUUCUAUUCAGUCGUUUGUCUUCAUUUUAGUAUAAAUCUAAAAUGUCCAGUCGUGGAAAAGGAGGGAAAACAAAGGCGAAGGGAAAGUCAUCCCGUUCGUUCAAAGCGGGACUCCAAUUUCCUGUUAGUCGUAUCCAUAGACUUCUGAGGAAAGGUAAUUACGCCGAACGCGUAGGAUCCGGUGCUCCUGUCUACCUGGCUGCAGUUAUGGAAUAUUUGGCUGCUGAAGUUCUGGAAUUGACUGGAAAUGCAGCACGAGACAAUAAAAAAUCCAGAAUCAUACCCAGACACGUUCAACUCGCCAUCCGUAAUGACGAGGAAUUGAACAAAUUACUAUGUGGAGUCACCAUCACUCAAGGAGGUGUUUUGCCAAACAUUCAAGCGGCACUUUUGCCAAGAAAAACGGAGAAGAAGGCAUAAAGAACAAUGUAUCCACGAAAUGGUCCUUUUAAGGGCCGCAAAUUAUCUUCAAGACAAAGGAUCUUUUCGGA